AUGGGCUGGGAAAACUCACAACAACACCAGGGCAAGGCUGGUCCUGCCGCCUUCCAGGUCAGAGAUGCCAACGGAUCAGUCGAAAUGGUGACCGGAUCACCACCGACGUACGCAGCUGACCACCCAUUACCGCCGCGAGCAAACAUGGGCCCCCCGCACCAGCCUUGGUGGAAGCCGAAGGGCUGGCGCAAGAGGACAUGGGCCAUCAUCGCGGUCGUCCUCGUUGCUAUCAUUCUUGCUGCUGUCCUUGCUGGAGUUCUCGUCACCAAGGCGAAUCGAUACCCUGACUAUAGCGCGCUUAGCUACUCACUGCAAGACGAAUACUCUGGCUCAACUUUCUUUGACAACUUCGACUACUUCACAGGAUACGACCCAGCUGAGGGUUUCGUACACUACGUUCCCAAAGAACAGGCUGAGUCGCUGAACUUGACAUACGCAACCGAUGACGUUGCUGUAUUGGCCGUCGACACAUCGGUGGGGCCCACCUCAAGCCCGGAUGCUUCGACUGGCAGAUUCUCAGUGCGAAUUGAGUCAAAGGUCCAAUAUGACAGUGGACUUUUCAUCUUUGACGUGAAGCAUACACCAUACGGGUGCGGUACAUGGCCUGCGCUGUGGCUUUCCGAUCAAAACAACUGGCCGACCAAUGGCGAAAUCGACAUCAUGGAAGCUGUGAACAACGCUACGGAUGGUAACCAGAUGACGCUGCACACGACAGACAGCUGUUCGAUGGGUGGCAUCAAGCGCAAGAUGAGUGGCUCGUCCAUUUCCAACAACUGCUACAACGCCACCGACGACAAUGCCGGCUGCGGCGUAAGCGGGAAGACGGAUUCGUACGGAGUGACCUACAACGAGGACCAGGGGGGCAUCAUGGCAGUCGAGUGGCGGGAUGCGGGAAUCCGGAUGUGGGAAUUCGGUAGGAGCCAGAUUCCCUCGGACAUCACGAACCAGUCCCCCGACCCUAGCACAUGGGGAACUGCCACGGCCGACUUUCCAAACACUGACUGCGAUAUAAGCUCUCACUUCACCAAUCAGAGCAUCAUCGUCAACAUUGACCUCUGCGGUCAGUGGGCCGGGAACGUGUACGCCGAGAGCGGAUGUCCCAGUAACUGCACCGACUACGUGGCCAACAACCCCGACGCUUUCACCAACGCAUUCUGGGAGUUUGGGGCUUUCCAGGUCUACAAGGCCUCCUAG